GAGCCCAGCCUUUUCCUCCAAUGUGGCGGGAGCCGAAACCUCAGUAUAAUCGGUUUAUAAAACUUCACUGGGCGUUAUUAAAAAGGCAUAUUAGUGAAAGUAUUUCAGAUGCAAGAGUUAAGAUGACAAGAAACGAAAAUUCAAAGAGUAAACGGCUCAAGACAACUGUCAAACAAGAGGAUAUUUCUCCAACAUCAUACCACAGUUUCUCAGAUGCUGCUGAGGUAAUCCUGUUACGUUCUCACCUUUUAAACUGGUAUGACAAAGAGAAAAGGGAGCUGCCAUGGAGGACACUGGCAAUGACAGAAGAAGACCUGAACAUCAGAACAUAUGCAGUGUGGGUAUCAGAAAUAAUGCUGCAGCAGACUCAAGUUGCAACUGUUAUCAACUAUUAUAACAAAUGGAUAAAACGGUGGCCAACAGUACAGGAUCUAGCAGCUGCUACACUAGAGGAAGUGAACCAGAUGUGGGCAGGGCUUGGCUACUAUUCCCGAGGCAAAAGACUUCAUGAAGGGGCUCAAAAGGUGGUUUCUGAGUUAAAAGGACAAAUGCCUCACACAGUGGAAAAUCUUAUGAAACAACUGCCAGGGGUUGGACGUUACACUGCUGCUGCUAUUGGCUCUAUUGCACUUGGACAGGUCACAGGAGCAGUGGAUGGAAAUGUGAUUCGUGUGUUAUGCCGCUUACGAGCUAUUGGAGCAGAUAGCACAAGUCCUGCUGUAACAGAGGCUCUAUGGAAUAUAGUUAAUUUGCUUGUUGAGCCAAGCAGACCAGGAGACUUUAACCAGGCCAUGAUGGAGCUGGGUGCUCGAGUUUGUACUCCUAAAGCUCCUCUCUGCAGCCAGUGCCCCAUAAAGUCUCACUGCCACUCCUAUCAAAAGUUUAAUCACACACAAGAACAAAACACUAAGAAGCUUGUGGGCAAGACAAGAAAGAGAUCUCCAUCUGUUCCUGACAUAGAGGAAUGUGUGGGCAGUGGUGCGUGCUUACUGUGUCCCUCUGAGCCCUGGGAAAAUGAGCUUGGGGUCAUGAACUUUCCCAGAAAACCAGUGAAGAAGCCUCCUCGAGUAGAGAGGACACUCACCUGUUUGGUCAUCAGACGCGGAGGAGAUGGGCAGGACCAGUAUCUGCUCACACAAAGACCCAACAAAGGUUUGCUUGCUGGUUUGUGGCAAUUUCCCAGUCUCUUAGAAGUGGAAAGCUCUGAUAUUGAACAGAAGAGGGCGCUGCUGUGCAAUGAGAUCUGCCGAAUUCUGGGAACAGGCUUUCCUGAAAACCACGUUCAUUUUGUGGGAGAGGUGGUUCACAUCUUCUCACACAUCCAUCAGACAUAUGUUGUGUACAGUGUGCAUUUAAAUGACCAGAGCUGUGAGAACCUCAGUGAAAACGCUCAGUGGCUCAGCAGAUCAGCUUUAAUGGAGGCAGCAGUUUCAACAGGGGUGAAAAAGAUUUUGAAGCUUUAUGAUUCAGUGAACAGUAACAAACAUCCAACUACAAAUGAAACAAAAAAGAAGAAAACAAAUGAUUUGAAGAAUAAUGUGAUAUCCAGAGGCAAAAAUUCUGCAGCUAAAAAUGACAGUAAACAACUCUCUCUGAUGUCUUUCUUCAAAAAUACCAAAAAGUAAAACUAUUGUGAAGUGUGUCCUUCACAAUAUUUUAUGGAUAAGAAACAAUAACUAUUGUUUUUAGAGAUUAUGCAGGCAUACAUGUGUUUGGUGGCUCUGACUCUGUAUCAGUAUUAUAAUGUUUUACAUAAUAAAGAUCUGAAAGUGGGA